GUCUGUAAAAGGCUCGGACGACGCCCCUGUUUGUAAGGUUUAGUAAAUUUCCCGGAAAGAGGAGUUUCCACAAUCCUGGUCUCUCAGUUACAUAAUAGUGUUUUUCCCCUCAUGUUUUCACACAAGAGAGAGAAAUAAAGAGAGACUGUUUAAGUUGCAGCAUGGAUCCACAGUCAAAAAUACUGUUCUGCUGGAUUUGUCUUCAAGCGAUCUUUGCCUCUGUUUUUUCGGACGUGUGGAAGUCAGAAGUUGUCUCUCCAGUGGAGGCGCUGGUCUCAUCUUGUGUCGUGUUGCCUUGUAAGUUUAAUUACCCUGGCACUCGAUUUUCUGACUCUCGGAUAAAGGGAAUCUGGUGCAAACAGACAGACAGAAAUGAUCGCAUUUAUGAUGAAGAUCACUAUUUGAUUGGAGACAACUUCAAGGGUCGCACAAAGCUAGUUGGCCGAUUGAGUGAGAAAAACUGCUCCUUGGAGAUCGAUGAUGUGAAAGACCACGACGACGGCCCAUUCUGUUUCAGAGCUGAACUCCCAGCAGACCAAAAGUUCUCUUUUGUGGAGAAGUGUGUGACCAUCACUAUGAAGUUACUAACUUUGCUGACAGCUGAACCUGACCAACCAGAAGUGGAACAUGAUGAAUCUUUCACGGACGGAGCAAUUGCCAUCUUUAAGUGUUAUGUCAGACACACCUGUCCCACACACCACCCAACUAUUGAAUGGAGUCGUCAAGAGCCUAAACCCCGUUUGUCCUAUAAGGAUAAUGGCUAUGGAGUUUGGGAGGUGGAGUCCCUCCUGAUCUUCACUGCCAAAGAGGAAGACGAUCACACUGAUAUCACCUGCACUGUCACUUUCCACGGCAACAAGAAAUCUGCAGUCACUAAGAAGAUAUUCAUAAAACGUAAACAAAAUAUCGUUCACAUCAUUAUUCCUGUGGCUGCUGUGCUCGGGACCAUCGUUGUAUUUGGAACGGCAUGUUUCUUCGUGACCAAGAGAUACAAGAGACAGAUCCAAGAGCUGCAAUCUAGAAAUCCAAAUGUGGAUCUCUUGGGGAGCUCUUAAUUUUACUUCUCUAUGGAUGGCAAAAUGUGAAAGCAACAAGAGAGGUCAGUGUUACAUUCUUCAUCAGCAUCAUGUCUCUUUUCUUUGCUCUGCUGAGACAAAAAGGUGCUUCUUUAUAGUCAAGAUGGUGCUUCCUCCAAUCAUCAAUCAUACGCCCUUCAACCUGUAAUGCAGAAGUCAAUAAAAGUAUCAAUUAAUUUAAUGCAUUCGGAUGACGUGAGUUCCUACAAGAGAAUAAGAAUUGUGUAGAUUAACUGUGCAUUUUGUGAUUUGGUUAUUGAAACCACAGAAUUCAUGUUUUCUGGUGUACAGCAUUUUGGACGUUCUGAAAUAUUCAAGACCUGCCCUACAAAAAGAAAACUACAUUAAACAAAUUAGGCAUGUACAAGAAAAACUGGACAUUAACCACAAUGAAUCUAGAGAUAAUAUACUAAUUAUGCAAUAAUUCACUCUGUGGUGCUAACAGCGCUCCAUUUUGCAUUGGGCCUCAUCACACCACCUUAGAGUGGAAUGUUUUCAUAUAACAGCAUGGCUCAUCAUAUGAUAUUCAAUACACGUUAACUACCACCUUUCAUCCUUUGUCCCACCCACUGUGGCAAAACGUAAAGCACCUAUUUAAACUACUUAUCCCUGCCAUUUCCACUUAAUUCUAUAGUCUCAUCAAUCUGUACUGCUUUGUGCCCUUACUUUUUAUGUGUGUAACAUGCUAUGUACAGUGCUUCCUUGUCAUAUAUACAGCAGGUUUCUUGUUUUUACAUGUUAAGUCAUCUGUAGGCACAUGCUGCUGUAUUAAAUUUGAUUUUGACUGGAAGUAACUCCAUACUCAUUACUUAUGAUAAUUAAUUAAUGCAUGAAUUCUGAUAACGUUCAAUUAAUGAAAUAAUAGUACAUUUUGUAGCAAAAAAUAACAAUGCAUGUUUUUGUCUAAGGGAAAAAAAAAUCACAAUCCCUUUUCACUAAAUGUUAGCGGAAAAAAAGGCUACAACAAAUCUGGUAGCAGACAUUCAGUUGGCUAUGGUGUAGAUUACACCAACUUGGGUGACCUCAAUGUUUAUGGGAAUAAACACACAUACCCCAUUAAGAAGCCCAUCUACGCGUCAACUGAUUUCAUAAAUGUAAAUAGAAAUAUCUUUAUCAUUGGACCUGCCAUAUUUUUUACAUGAGGAUAAUGAAUUUACAAAUUCAUGUGAUUUCAUUAUGUUAAAUAAUGGCUUGCUUUGAAUAAAAAAUAAAUAAAAAAAAGAUAAAUGCUUAUAUGGAAAUUUGGUCAGUUGGUAUGGAUGUAUGGAUGUAUUUAUGCAAUUACAUGCAAAUACAGUUGACUAGUAAUUGUAUUAAUAAUAGAAAUACCACUGUGUUUUCUUUCUUUUUUUUUUGGCUGUGACCAUUAAAGUGUUAAAUAAAAAGUAUUAACGUA